AUGGAAGCUUUUAUGAAAGACCACAGCGACACCAUCAAAAAAUAUAUACCACUCAUGGGAAGAUUCCUGAUAAUCGUCACAUUCUUGGAGGAUGCUUUUACAAUCGUUACUGAGUGGAAGAAUCAGCUCAUAUUUCUGAAUCAAUACCGAAAAAUUUACUAUGGAGUAGCUAAUCUCAUACUUUUUACUAAUGUUGUUUUGAUGAUUUCCUGCUCCUCCCUCGUCCUCGCCCGGAAACACAUAGAACUUGCAGUUGGAGGCCUCAUUUUUGUGGUUGUAACGCAAGCAUUAUGUUAUGGCAUGAUCUCGGAUUUUGGCUACUUCUUGCGUAAUCUUUCGGUUCUUGGGGGGUUGUUGAUAAUGCUAUGCGCGUCAUGGGCGCGCAAGAGACCAGUUAUGGCUGGCCUACCUGGGAUUGAGCAAAAAGAUAACAAGAUGUAUGUCCAGCUUGCUGGUCGAGUCCUUAUUGUUUUAACUUUCCUUGCAUUCUUUUCCAGCCUGGAAUUGAACUUAUUAAGCGUUAUUGUAUUCGUCGUGGGAUUCGGUGUCUGUGUUAUGGUCGCCGUCGGCUACAAAGCAAAGAUAAGCGGCAUUGUUCUCGUCUCCAUGUUAAGUGUCCUCAACUUUCUCAUUAAUGAUUUUUGGAAUCUUCAUCAGACUCAUCCUCGCAAGGCUUUCGCUAAAUAUGAUUUUUUGCAAACCUUAUCUAUUGCAGGAGGUCUUAUUCUUCUAGUAAACAAUGGCCCAGGUGCAUAUAGUAUUGAUGAGAAGGCGAAGGAACUUUGA